ACAUUGCUGCAGAGCGUGCAAACUUAAAUAGGUUUUGUUUAAAAAGUUGUCUAGCUUUCGAACUAGCAAAAGACUGUUUAUCGCCCCACUAUUUUAAAACCAGAUAUUACUUAUAAGCUACUAGCGCUAGCUUGGACAGCUCAGUUGUGCGUUGAGCUUUAACAAUGAUGAAAUUCUGGCUAAUUAGUUUGCUUGCUUGCCUGGCUCUAAGUCAGGUGCACGCCUGCACAGCUCCGUGUCCCGAUACGGAGGAAUUGGUAUGGGCAGUGGGUCCUCGUGGAGGCGGCGGUUGCAUGGUUUUUCGCAAUAUGUGCCACUUUACUAAGGCCAACUGUACGCGUAAGCCACCUUUGACAGAAGUAACUAAGGAGGAAUGCCAGAAGCGUUGUCCAAGCAUUUGUCCUCAAAAUUAUGAUCCAGUCUCAGGCUUUUACAAAGGACAGGAAAGAAAGUUUGGCAAUGCAUGCGAGAUGAGUGUGCACACAUGUCAAACUGGUGAAAUUUUUGAUUGAAAUCCACAAGCAUUUAAUUAGUUUCCAACUGCUGUUGCUUGCAUGACAUGUUUGCUUUAUAUGAAUAUUUGUAAUUAAUACAAAUUAUAUUUUAAAUGCAGAUUUUAUAAGCUAACCCUAUCAUUAACGCUUAUCUAUACAAUAAAA